AUGGAGCUCUUUACUGCAGCAGAAGACCUCAAAUUCUUCGAUGCAUUUCAAAUCAUUGGAGAAGCAGUGAAAAUCCCUGCCAAAUCAUCUCCACUUAAAUACUUUCUGAUUACCAUAACCCUCAUUCUCCCAUUUUCAUUGAUUCAGCUAUUAUUUAAGAUUUCAUUCACCCAGUUUUUUUUCACCCUAUACGAUUACUUUUCCGGUGAUUCAUCUGCCACUUACUUGAUCCAUGAGUUCUUCUACAUUCUUUCCCUUUUCCUCUUGUCUCUUCUUUCUAUAUCCGCUAUCGUCUUCACAGUUGCUUCUAUUUACGUGUCCAAAUCCAUCUCCUUUAUUCCCACUCUCUUUGCAGUUCCUCGCAUAUUUAAACAUCUUAUGAUCACCUUCUUUUACGCCUUGCUUCUCAUGAUCGUCAACUUCUUGGCCGCAUUGACUUUUAUAUAUGUCCUAGUAGAUUUGUUACAUAUUGAUGAAGGAGUUCUUUUUUGGGGUCUUUUUAUCAUGUUUUGCAUCAUAUACUUUCUUGUAUCUUUGUAUGUUACAGCGUUAUGGCAUUUAGCCAGUGUGAUCUCUGUUGUUGAACCAAAUGUUUACGGCUUGGCGGCCAUGAAGAAGAGUAAGGAACUCUUACAGGGGAGAACUGCAAUUGCUGUUUUACUUGUAAACUUUUAUUUGUCGGGUACAUGGUUUGUAGAAAAGGCGUUUGUGUAUGGCAUGCAGUUUCCUGUACAUGUCAUGGCUAAGCUUUUCUUGGGAUUGAUGUGUUUGUUCAUGUUGGUGGCUGUUAAUCUUACGGGGCUAUUAGUUCAGAGUGUCUUCUACUUUGCCUGUAAAGCAUACCACAAUCAAGUGGUUGAUAAGAAGGUUUUGUAUGAUCAUCUUUGUGGGUAUGAUCUCGGUGAUAUGUCUGUAGCAUUGAAUCCUCCUAGUGCUGGCGGUGUGGCAAUGCAGAGCUUUGUCAAAGAUCACGACGGAGUAGGUUAUCAGCCUGUUGCACUGACCGACACUACUGAGUCUGACGGUACUGUCUGA